CGAAGAUGCGGCGGCUGUGGCAGAGGCAGCAGCUUCGGCGGCCAGAGCCAAACGGAGGCGAGAGCGACCACAUGACUCUGACGACCGGCAGGGCAUUCCUCCGGCAUUUAAUUUAGCUGAUGUGGAUCCUGAUCCUGGCACACGUAAGCAAAUUGAAGAGUAUGCAACUCCAGAAAUUAGAGAUGAAAUGAGAAGGGCAUAUUUGUCGAAAGGUGUUGGACGUUUGUAUGGUCAUGAUUUUCCUCGGACUCUUUUUGGGAAAGAUUGGCGGAACUUCAAAGAAGCAUGGUAUAAAGAUUAUGAUUGGCUAGAGUAUAGUAAAGAGACAAAAUCUGCCUAUUGUUUCCAUUGUUUUCUUUUCAAGCCUCCAAGCAUUGGUGACAAGUUUGGCCAUGAUGUCUUCACUAAGAAAGGGUUCAAAAAUUGGAAGAAGGCAGUGGAAAUAUUCAAUGCUCAUGUAGGUGGACCAAACAGCGCUCACAACAAUGCUAGAAGACGGUGUGAAGAUUUCAAAAACCAAAAGCAAAGUGUGUCAUAUGCAAUGACUUCUCAUACUGAGAAAUCACAUAUUGAAUAUGAAGAGCGUUUGAGGGCUGUUGUAGGUGUGGUAAGGUUUCUUGUCUCUCAAGGCCUAGCUUUUCGUGGGCACGAUGAGACUACCACUUCCAUGAACAAGGGUAAUUUCCUUGAGAUGUUGGAUUGGUAUGCAGAAAGGUGCAAAGAUGUAGCCGAUGUGGUCCAUAAAAAUGCUCCUGGCAAUCAUCAAUUGACUUGUCAUAAAAUCCAAAAACAAAUAGUACAAGCAUGUGCCGAAGUGACUACAAAAGUGAUAAUGACUGAGCUUGGUGAUAGUAAUUUCUCUCUACUUGUUGAUGAGUCUCGUGAUGUAUCGGUUAGAGAGCAAAUGGCUGUGAUUGUGAGGUAAGUGCCUUGUGUAAAAGAAAAGAUGCAUUGUUGCAGAAGCAUCAUGACAACCUGGUUUUACAGUUAGAGCAUGGGGAGAUUUUGUCAGGAAAAGGCGAGCAUCAAGAGACAAGUUUAGCAAGACCCGGUGAUACACGAUGGGGGUCACACCACAAGACUCUAAUCCGGAUAUAUCAAAUGUGGGAUUCCGUGGUUGAAGUGCUACAUGGUAUUUCUCUUGAUGGAGCAGAUGCUGAUGAUAGAGGUUUGGCUUCUGGCUUUAUGAUAAACAUGGAAACAUUUGAAUUUGUUCUUAUCUUGCAUUUGAUGCUUCGAGUGCUUGGUUUAACCAAUGAUUUGUCACAAGCAUUGCAACAAAAAGAUCAGAAUAUAGUCUGUGCUAUGAAUAUGAUUGUGUCAGUGAAAAGCCUAUUACAAAAGUU